GGCUGCGAGCGUCUGUGCUGGUGGCCCGGGUCCGGCCGCGGGAUAGCGGGCGGGGGUCACCGGUUCCCGGCCGGCAGCUGGUCGUGUCCGCCGCGGGAUGCGAGGUGUCCAGGAGACCUGCCCGGCGGCCGGGACCCGCGGGAGACUGACGAGGUUGGCCCGGGGCGCUUUGUGGGCGCGAGCCCGCGCCGUGUGAGCAGGUCGCCCACCACGUCCGGGAGCGUGCCCCGAGCGCCCGCCGAUUGAUUUCAGGAGCCCCGCAAACCCAGGGAAUCAAUUUCGGCUCAUCACCCGAGACCGGGAGCCCGGAACAACUCGACAUGAGCCCUCUGGGAAAGAUUUGUCAUCAUUAACCUGCUCCGGUUAAAUUAAUUCAGCCCAGGAUGACUCCAACCGAAGCUUGGGGAACACCAAGUGCGCUGGUCGCAGAAUUGUGCUCGCCAAAACACGAUUUUGGUCAAAAUAAAAUAGACAUUUUAGCUUUUACCUAGAGUUUGAUUUGGUUUUGCAAGGAUGACUUUUUGCAAAAUAAAAACAAGGAGAAGAACAGCAACAAAGAUUUCGGUGAUUCUCAAGGGCUUGCUCAGUGAAAGAAAUACUCAUGACGAGACAUUUUCCAGUAUGCUGUCCAGAAGAACAGAGGAGACAAAGUUAUCAUAACAACUGGAAACAAGGUGACUUUAGAAGAACUGAGGAUGUUGUUUGCCUUUGGUGAAAAAGAGCAAAUAGCACUGUAGAAGCCUUUAUAGCUGUGUUUAUUCUAGUAUUGUAAAGACAAUGGAAUUGGCUCCUCACCAGCUGUUCUGGUGAGACUUGGAACUUCUUGCCUCAGUGGACAUGAGUGAUCCAAGGCAAUCACAAGCAGAGCAGCACAAGUUCAGCAGAACCUCUUCUAAAUUCAUGGAUCCUUCCAGAAUCAUGCAGUCAGAUGAUUAUUUUGCUCGAAAAUUUAAAGCCAUUAAUGGCAACAUGGGACCUACUACUUCUUUAAACGCCUCAAAUCCCAGUGAGAGUGGUGGAAGUGGUCCAACCAAUGGUACCCCAGCUGUGCCCAAAAUGGGUGUGCGAGCCCGAGUGUCCGAAUGGCCUCCUAAGAAAGACUUCUCCAAGGAACCAACCUGCAAGAUGCUUUGGGAAAGCCGGUCUCAGACCAGCUAUGAGAGUGUCACAUCCAUCCUACAGAAUGGGCAGAAUGGCCAGGGUGACAAUCAGCAAGAGGAGCAGCUGGAUCUAGACUUUGUAGAGGCCAAGUACACCAUUGGAGACAUCUUCGUUCACUCCCCUCAAAGAGGACUCCACCCCAUACGGCAGAGAAGUAACAGUGAUGUCACCAUCAGUGACAUUGAUGCUGAAGACGUCUUAGACCAGCGUGCUGUCAACCCUAACACAGGGGCCGCCCUGCACAGGGAGUACGGGAGCACAUCCUCCAUUGACAGGCAGGGCCUGUCUGGAGAAAACUUCUUUGCUAUGCUCCGGGGGUAUCGAGUGGAGAAUUAUGAUCCCAAGGCGGCAGGUCCUUUUGGGUUUCCAGAGUUUCUGCCCUGCGACCCUGCAAUCUCGCCCAGCCUUCGUGCUGCAGCCCAGAUUUCUAGGGGAGAGAUUGUCCGUAUCUCAGGAUUAGACUACCUGGAUGGCGCCCUUCUGAUGGGGAGGGAUAGGGACAAGCCUUUUAAGCGCAGAUUAAAAUCAGAGUCUGUGGAAACAUCCCUCUUCCGGAAGCUGCGGACCGUUAAGAGUGAGCAUGAAACCUUUAAGUUCACAUCCGACCUGGAAGAGGGCCGUCUGGACAGGGGGAUUCGCCCUUGGAGUUGCCAGCGUUGCUUUGCACAUUAUGAUGUCCAGAGCAUCCUGUUCAACAUCAAUGAAGCCAUGGCCACGAGGGCUAAUGUUGGCAAAAGGAAAAACAUCACCACUGGGGCGUCUGCUGCAUCGCAGACCCAGGUGCCCACAGGCCAGGCCAGUGGCUGUGAGUCCCCUCUUGGCAGCAAGGAGGACCUCAAUUCCAAGGAGAACCUGGAUGCAGAUGAGGGCGAUGGCAAGAGUAAUGACUUGGUUCUCAGCUGCCCACACUUCAGGAAUGAGACUGGUGGUGAGGGGGACCGGCGAAUCGCACUCUCCCGGGCCAGUUCAGGCUCCUUUAGUUCCAGUGAGAGCUGCUCCUUUGAGUCAUCCCUCAGCUCCCACUGUACCAAUGCAGGAGUCUCAGUCCUGGAGGUUCCCCGGGAGAGCCAGUCCAUUCACAGGGAGAAGGUCAAGCGCUACAUCAUUGAGCAUGUAGACCUUGGAGCCUACUACUACCGAAAGUUCUUCUAUGGGAAAGAACACCAAAACUACUUUGGAAUAGAUGAAAACCUUGGCCCCGUGGCAGUCAGCAUCCGCAGAGAGAAGGUGGAAGACGCCAAGGAGAAAGAAGGGUCCCAGUUCAACUAUAGGGUGGCUUUCAGGACCAGCGAGCUUACAACCCUGAGAGGAGCCAUCUUGGAGGAUGCUGUGCCCUCCACUGCCCGACAUGGCACCACCCGUGGACUGCCCCUCAAAGAAGUUCUGGAAUAUGUCAUUCCAGAGCUAAGUAUCCAGUGCCUGCGGCAGGCUUCCAGCUCCCCCAAGGUCCCAGAGCAGCUGCUCAAGCUUGAUGAGCAAGGGCUAAGCUUUCAGCACAAGAUUGGGAUUCUUUAUUGUAAAGCAGGCCAGAGCACAGAGGAAGAAAUGUACAACAAUGAAACUGCAGGGCCAGCUUUUGAAGAAUUCCUUGAUCUUCUGGGCCAGAGAGUACGACUGAAAGGAUUCAGUAAAUACCGCGCUCAGCUGGACAAUAAAACUGAUUCCACAGGAACCCAUUCUCUUUACACCACAUACAAAGACUAUGAGCUCAUGUUCCACGUGUCAACUCUGCUUCCCUACAUGCCAAACAACAGGCAGCAGCUCCUGAGGAAGAGGCACAUUGGAAAUGAUAUCGUCACUGUAGUCUUCCAAGAGCCUGGAGCGCUCCCCUUCACCCCGAGGAGCAUCCGUUCACACUUCCAACAUGUCUUUGUCAUCGUGCGGGUACACAACCCUUGCACAGAGAAUGUCUGCUACAGCGUUGGAGUUUCCAGGUCAAAGGAUGUGCCCUCAUUUGGUCCCCCAAUUCCCAAAGGUGUAACUUUUCCAAAGUCAGCAGUGUUUCGGGACUUCUUGUUAGCCAAAGUAAUUAAUGCAGAGAAUGCAGCCCAUAAAUCAGAAAAAUUUCGAGCAAUGGCCACUCGAACAAGGCAAGAAUACUUGAAAGACCUGGCAGAGAAUUUUGUCACAACUGCCACCGUGGACACCUCUGCAAAAUUCAGCUUCAUCACCCUCGGGGCAAAGAAGAAGGAGAGAGUGAAACCCAGGAGAGAUGCCCAUCUUUUCAGCAUUGGGGCCAUCAUGUGGCACGUGGUGGCACGGGACUUUGGCCAGUCUGCUGAUAUCGAAUGUCUUCUUGGGAUUUCCAAUGAGUUCAUAAUGUUGAUUGAAAAGGAGUCCAAGAAUGUUGUAUUUAACUGUUCCUGCAGAGAUGUUAUUGGGUGGACAUCUGGAUUAAUGAGUAUCAAAGUAUUUUAUGAAAGGGGAGAAUGCAUCCUUCUGUCCUCGAUGGAUAACUGUGCUGAAGACAUACGGGAAAUUGUGCAGCGAUUGGUAAUAGUGACUAGAGGCUGUGAGACUGUGGAGAUGACCCUGAGGAGGAACGGGCUGGGCCAGCUUGGCUUCCACGUGAACUUUGAAGGCAUUGUUGCAGAUGUGGAGCCCUUUGGCUUUGCCUGGAAGGCUGGCCUCCGGCAAGGCAGUCGACUUGUGGAGAUCUGCAAAGUGGCUGUGGCCACACUGACCCAUGAGCAGAUGAUUGACCUACUCCGGACUUCCGUGACUGUGAAGGUGGUCAUCAUCCAGCCCCAUGAUGAUGGCGCUCCCCGGAGAGGGUGCUCAGAGCUCUGCCGUGUUCCACUGGUGGAGUACAAGCUAGACAGCGAGGGUGCGCCCUGCGAGUACAAGACCCCCUUCAGGAGGAACAACGCAUGGCACCGUGUGCCCACACCAGCCCUGCAGCCCCUCUCUCGAGCCUCACCUGUGCCUGGCACACCUGAUCGCCUGCAGUGUCAGCAGCUACUCCAGCAGACCCAGGCUGCCAUUCCCCGCAGCACCUCAUUUGACCGGAAGUUGCCUGAUGGCACCAGAAGUUCUCCCAGCAACCAGUCCUCCUCCAGUGACCCGGGACCCAGCAGCAGUGGACCCUGGAGACCACAAGUGGGCUAUGACGGGUGCCAGUCCCCUCUGCUGCUUGAGCACCAGGUCCCAAGCCCUCUGGAGUGUGACAGGGCCAGGGAGCGUGAGGAUGCCAUAGAAGGAAGCGGGCUCACAGAAUCCAAAUGGCAUGGCCAGCCUUCCAAAGUCCUCAACACCUACAAAGAAAGAGCCCUGCAGAAAGAUGGUAGUUGCAAAGACUCUCCCAAUAAGCUUUCUCAUAUUGGGGACAAGAGCUGCUCCAGUCACUCCAGCAGCAACACACUGUCCAGUAACACCUCCAGCAACAGUGACGACAAGCACUUUGGGUCAGGGGACCUGAUGGACCCAGAGCUGAUGGGGCUGACCUACAUGAAAGGGGCAUCCACAGACAGCGGCAUCGACACAGCCCCCUGCAUGCCAGCCACCCUCCUUGGCCCUGUGCACCUGGCAGGCAGCAGGUCCCUCAUCCACAGUCGGGCCGAACAGUGGACCGAUGGGGCUGAAGUCUCCGGGCCUGACGAUGACCCAGCCAAGAUGUAUGCUGUGCAUGGUUAUGCCUCUACCAUCUCCACCAGUGGGGCUGCUGAUGGCAGCAUGGGUGACCUCAGUGAGAUCUCGUCUCACUCCAGUGGCUCUCACCACUCAGGAAGCCCUUCGACACACUGCUCCAAAAACAGCGGAUCUCUGGAUACAUCCAAAGUCUACAUCGUGUCACAUAGCAGUGGUCAGCAAGUUCCCGGGUCCAAGUCCUUUCACAGACAAGGGGCAGCCAACAAGUAUGUCAUCGGCUGGAAGAAGUCAGAAGGCAGUCCCCCUCCUGAGGAGCCCGAAGUGACUGAGUGUCCCCGUGAUUCAGAGGGUUUUACAGUGAUUCAUGCCAAGCCUUUUUUAAGUUCUGUGAAGUACUUUAGAAGCCUUUCAGACACCGUGGUGAGCACCAUGUUUAGGAUGUACAGUGAGAUAGACGUCAUGGCCACAGCUGCUCAGUGUCAGACCACCGUGGGAGAUGCCAUUUCAGAAACUCAGCAUGUCCUGUCCAAAGAAGACUUUCUGAAAUUGAUGCUUCCUGACAGUCCCUUAGUGGAGGAAGGGAGAAGAAAGUUUUCUUUCUAUGGGAACCUGUCUCCAAAGAGGUCGCUGUACCGCACCCUCUCUGAUGAGAGCGUGUGCAGCACCCGGAGGGGAUCCUCCUUCGGCAGUUCCCGAAGCUCCAUCCUUGACCAGGCACUGCCCAACGACAUCCUGUUCAGCACCACCCCACCCUACCACAGCACACUGCCUCCAAGGACCCAGCCUGCCCCCAGCAUGGGUAGCCUGCGAAAUGAGUUCUGGUUUUCAGAUGGGUCCUUAUCAGACAAGUCCAAAUGUGCAGACCCUGGUCUGAUGCCCCUCCCAGACACGGCUAUGGGCCUCGACUGGUCCCACCUGGUGGACGCAGCACGAGCAUUUGAAGGUCUUGACUCAGAUGAAGAACUCGGGCUGCUCUAUCACCACGCAUCCUAUCUAGACCAGAGGGUAACAUCCUUCUGCACCCUGACGGAUCUACAACACAGGCAGGACUUGGAAGGGUCCCCGGAGCUGCCCUUGUGUGUAGAUCCAGGCAGCGGAAAAGAGUUCAUGGAUGAUGCUGGGGAGCGCUCUCCAUCCACAUUGACUGGGAAAGUCAACCAGUUGGAACUGAUCCUCCGACAGCUGCAGACCGACCUUCGAAAGGAGAAGCAGGACAAGGCUGUCCUGCAGGCAGAAGUGCAACAUCUGCGCCAGGACAACCGGCGACUACAGGAGGAGUCGCAGACAGCUGCGGCCCAGCUGCGCAGGUUCACAGAGUGGUUCUUCAACACUGUGGACAAGAAGUCCUAGCCCUCCAUCCCCUGCACCUCCUUGGGGACUACUGAGGACCACCUUCUGCCCCUCUCUUGCUGUGCGCCAUCUUCCCGCGUGCUGUCCACACCCUUAGAUGUUUUUGCUAUUCAUUCUUUGCCACACCACCGCCCCAGCAGGACAGGAGCGCACAGAGCAGCAUGGCGGGAAGAAGACUGUCACUCCUGGGUGAAGGUGAAUGUAGACCUGGUUGGCAGGGACACUGCUGGGGUGGCACCUAGCUCAGUCCUCUCCAGAGGAUGAGUGUGAAUGUCACUUGCUGAAUCAGGUGACCUGCAGAGAUGCUGAAGCAGUGUACCGAAGCUGGGCUUUAGUAUUGUAAAAUAAACGUGGAGACAAAUAAUCAGACAUAUACUUUAAUGUUAAAGGUGCUCUAUUUUUUUGGAUGUACAGUAGUUUUAUUUCCACAGCCACAUUAUAGCAAUAAGAAGGGAAGCAUAGCAAAUAGUUGGAAACGCUGUGCUGGGAGAAGCACUGAUGUGUUUAACGCUAGAUCAAAUGCAGUUCUUUAGAGACUUAUUUAUUUGCAGGAACAAAUGGUGCCUGAAUAUUAACAGUGUUUUGACUUUUUUUUACAAAGAUACAUAUGCCUUGUAAAUGGCUCACCAAGUCAUCAGUGGUCACCCCAAAUCCCAGUUCCUUUUUGUAAAGUUGCUCUGCUGAAUUCCAUCUGCUUUCUUGCUGGACUCUGGGUGUGCUGCAAGCCAGUGGGAUCGUGUGCACAAGGCCAGACUUGUUUAUCUUUGUACAGAAGCGCUCAUGAAGUGUCUUGUAUUUAACACCUUUAUUUAAGCUUAUUUAACCUUAAAUUGUUAAUUUUAUAAGAUUUGGUUUUACCUGCACUACGAGGAUGGAGGAUGGAGGGAGCCCAGAGCCAACGAGCUCACCCAGGACCAUCACGAGGCAGGGUGGGAGAGUCUAACAACUGGAUGCUGCUAGUAACAAGUCGUUUGUAUUGCUUUACCAUUUUUAACUGUUAUAUUUGAGAUGAACAUACAUUUUGCUUUUUUAAUAAAUGUUUAAAAGAAGUCCACAUGA